UUUUUUAAUGAAAAUUGAAUUCAAAGUGUUACUUUUUUCAUUUUUAUUGUUAUUAUUAAUGCAAAUGGUAAGACCACAAGCUGUAAAUGUCCAAGCACUUGAAUAAUAAUUUUUUGCCUUUAAUAGCUUUAUGUAACUUUGUAUGAAUUUUUAAUUUGCUGCUUUAUUUUUAAUUCAUUGGCAGCUGUGCUAGUGUGAACCAAUGAAACAUGGUACUGUAAAAUAUUUUUUUUUUUGCAAUUAAAGCUCGUCCAGACCAACUGUGGUGUAGUUAUUGAUAUUUAAAUAAUCAUCAUAAUAAUUUUGUUCUCAGUGGCGCCUCUAGUGGUCAGAUUAUGUCUGCUGAUUUCGAGCUUUGGUCAGUUUGAUUCAUUCGGUUCGCUCGGACGGAUCGUUCGAAUCCUUACAGGUACAAAUGCUUUGCGAAUCGGCUCGAUCGAAUCGCAAAGAAGAAUCGAUUCAAUAGAGCGACUUGUUGGCGAAUCGAACGCCACCGCCGCUGUUCUUUGUCCUCGCGGUGACUGCAUAUGAUCCCGCUGAAUGUACAUUAUUUAUUCCUCUGUUUACAGUCUGUAUUCAUCAAACAGAAGAUCUGAAGGAUGGUGUUAGUUCAUGUCGGAUAUUUGGUUCUUCCUGUCUUUGGCUCAGUGAGAAAUAGAGGAUCUCAUUUUAGCAGGCAUCAGCACAGUCAUGCUACCUCUUGCCGGCAUUUCCACGUAGGCCCCCAGGCCCAAAUCCCUGUUGAUUUCCCAAUGCCCCAUCCAGGACAAUCUCAGACAGCAAUGAGCCAUCACCUCGGCCCCGCGCACCAGCCAGCCGCGGCGUUACAUCCACCCCUCAACCACAUACCAGCACCACCGUUCCAGGACAUCCCGGCCCCACCCUUUCUACCUCAGGCUUUACACCAGCAAUACCUCAUCCAGCAGCAGAUCCUGGAGGCCCAGCACAGGAGGAUACUUCCACAGUCCAGCAGACAUGCUCCAGACCGAACCCUUCCCCAUCCGCAGACGCUGCGGCCGCCAUAUGAAUACCCGGCAUCCAUUCAUAUUCCCCCACCGCCGCCGGUGCCGCAGCAGCCGCGUUACCUUGCCGAAGGAACAGAUUGGGAUCUGAGUGUGGAUCCAGGCCUGCCGCAGUACCACGUCUCUCCCCUCACUCAACAUUAUCAGCAUUACCUGACCUCUCCACGACUGCAUCACUUCCCCAGGAACACCACCUCGGCACAAGUGGUUGUCCAUGAGAUCAGAAACUACCCUUAUCCUCAGUUACAUCUGCUGGCUCUCCAAAGCCUCAGUCCGUCUCGCCAUGCGUCUGCUGUGCGGGAGAGUUACGAGGAGCUCCUGCAGUUGGAGGACAGACUGGGCAAUGUGAACAGAGGGGCUGUGCAGACCACCAUCGAGAGGUUUACCUUUCCUCAUAAGUAUAAAAAGAGAAGACCUCUAGAGCUGAAGAUUGGCAUGGAUGAAGAGGAGCUCGACACGGAUGAGAAAUGCACAAUAUGCCUCUCGAUGCUUGAAGACGGAGAGGACGUCAGGAGAUUACCCUGCAUGCACCUCUUCCAUCAGGCUUGUGUUGACCAGUGGCUGGCAACCAAUAAGAAGUGUCCCAUCUGCAGGGUAGACAUUGAGACGCAGUUGUCCCCCGAUAGCUGAUGUCUCGUGUAGCACUAGCUAAAAGUCCUGUCGUCUUUCUUCGUCCCCUCGUGGGCACUUUGCCAAAUGUGUGUCAUCUCCAUCACCUCUCACCUCUGACCUUUGCCUUCUGAGCCAACUGACGAUGUAGAACGGGGAAGACGAAAAGCGCUGAAGACAGAGUCCAGCACAUGGAGAAGAACGAGUCUGUCGAUGAAGAUGGUUUCAGUCAAAGUGCUCUGCAUGUGUGUGUGUGUUUAGGACGGCAAAUGCCGCUCCGAAUGUCUCUGAAUGAUCUCAAAUGAAGACCAACCAAAUGUUCUCAGUGUUCAGUAGGUCACGGAUGAAGCAUUACAGCAUGAACGCCACAAAGUCCGACACAUUACACGUGGUUGGUCAUGAACUUUAAACGUAGUUGAACGAAUCAUUUGUGAAAAAAACAAAACAACGGGAAUCAAAGUCAUUGGCGAAUGAGAGAAGCGUAAGAGUAGAACAAUGACCCUGUGUUUAAAUAAGCUCCGUCGUCGUGUCUGUGAUUAUCGGAGGUGAUGCUUGACGUCCGUAUGUAACCGUAAGGCCAAGCUUGAUAUGAACCGUGACAGUCCGCAUUUUGUGCUCGUGACGCCUCCGACGCUUAGAAACGUAUCCACCACCAAAUGCAUGUUGAAGCGAGAGUCCAGGGUUCUUCUGACGAGAGGUCGACGUGCAUGAGGAUGUUUCCUGCGUGAUACUCUACUAAUCCUGAAGACACUGUGUUCUCGAUGCGUCUCCGAAGUCACCACGAGUGAAAUAUGUACCUUAAUGCCUGUAGCACAAGCACACGUUGAAUAGUAACGGCAUAACUCCGUGUUUCCAUUCGCUCUGUGACGCGUGGUCGUAAAGCAGCAUCUGUAGAGUCAUAAUGUGCAUGAAAUCUGUUUGCUGCCAUUUCUAGAGGACAUGACAAGGGAGUAAAGCCAUUUGUUUUAUAGAAACCAAACAUAACUUUUCUAAGCUGUACUUCAUUAUCACUCUUCCUCGUUUGAUUCCAGGUUGCCAACCUGUGCGAGGCUGGUACAACUUCUCGACAUAAGUAGCUGCAAUGCUG